UUCUCGAACAAAGGUGUCCUCGAGAGAUGGCAAAGUUAAAUCGGUGCAGUUGAAGGCCACCAUGCCGUCUACGAGUGGGGUGUACCUACACACCUUCCUUUAUUAAAACUUAAAGCACAACUCAGAGUUACGCGAUGCGUAAUAAUGCUUUUAUGUGCUACUACUCUACUAGCAAUACUAUAAACGUCUACCUCUUUUAAACGAUGACUAGUGGGUGUCGUCGUCUUUCUCAUCGUCUUCAGUAUGAACUUAUUGUCGUCAGUAUGCCACCGUCACGAUCCUGUUCAGACGUUUUUUUUUUUUAUACUCCUAACAACACUCGUGUAUUUUUACAACAUUCAAUAUUUUGUUUCUUUCUUAUUUCAUUCGAUCUAAAUUCUUUUUUCUUCUUAAAAUCAUAAAAAGAAAAAAGAAAACAGAACCAAAAAAUAUCUCACUGAGUGCAGUGGUGACUGCACUAUACUUGUCAGAUGCAAUUUAAAUAAUUUCUUUUCUUUGAUUUUAAUUUAAUUUAUAUUUGUUUAUAUAUCUGCAGUUUACAACGUGUCAUUGUUUACGUUAAUAUGAUAUGUUGUUUUAUUAUAAACGUAAUUGCAAUCGGAUUUAUCGUCAACGUAGUUGCAACAGACGCGUAAGAUUAAAUUCACGAUGACGAUGAAGUGAAAUUCUUCGUAAUUGAUCGAUGAUUGAAAAGUGUUUUCUCUUGUUGUUGUUAAUCGAUGUUUACAUUCUUUUUGUAUUGAAAAAAUAAAGACAAAAGGAUGUUUGUAAAAAUUACGCAGAUUAGGAAUAAGGAAGAAAAAUCAUUGUAAUAUGAUUAUGUGUGAGAAUAUUGAUAAGUGAUAUUCCGACUAAUAUUGUGCUACGAAAAGUGAAAUAAAAAAUAUCAUUUGGGAAAAUAAUAAGAAGAAAAAAAUAUAUUCAAACUGGCGUAUAAUUUGCCACGGAAAUGGGAUGCAAGUCCAGUGCACUCAAGUGCAUGGGCCUUAAAUGGAAUCCGGAAUCACAUAAUCGGGACAAGUUGGACGCGAAAACUUCAACGAUCGAUACAGAUGCACAAGAAUUUCCGAGAGAACAGGACAGCGGCCAUUUUACGUUGGAUUUAACGGACUUUUUUUGUCAAGAGGACACUUACGAAGAAUUACAACGCACAGAUAUGUACGAUAUCGUGGCGGAGAAGGAAACGUUAGAAGAAAUUCGUCGUUCUUUGGAAGAGGAUGCGGAUUAUCCAGUUAUAAAAGGACCACAGGAUAUCAACUCUCAUCUUUUAACUUCGACUGCUCCUGGCCUUAUAAAAAUAUUAUUAGUUUUUAGUAAAGAUGAUCAACAAAUGGAAAUUCUUGCUAAUAUUUCGGGUCGUUUGGGUUGGAGCGUUUCGGUGGCUAAAGAUACGGAAAAAGCCGUAGAAAUUUUUCAAACACGUGGUCACGAAUUAGUCAUAAUCGAUCACAGAGGACAACGUGCUGUCGAGGGUGAUGCAAUUUGUAGAGCAAUCAAAUCUAGUCCGGUUUAUCACAGUUCCGUCAUAGUUGCACUCGUUAAAAAAUCGUAUUUAAUGAACAGCGAAAAAGACGAGAUUGUGACCUUGGAUUUAUUAGAGAAAGGAUUUUCAAGAACACUUAUGGAGUGUUCGAACGAGGGUAUAUUGAUAAACGAAUUAGUAGGAAUUUAUACCAGUUCAGUAUUACCAAAAACCCAAUUAGCAUCGGCUCAUGCAUUGUAUUUGGCACUUGACAGGUGUCACGAUAUGGUUCACAUAACUAACGAACGAAACAUCGUACAGUUUAUUAACAAAGUGACCGAAAAAUUAUUAGGAUAUAAAACGGAAGAAUUGACAGGAAGAAAUCUCGGUGAAAUAGUCCAUUACGAAAAUUUUACUUUGAUGGAACAACAAUUAAGCAAGGGAAGAGAAUUUGAAGGGAACAUGAAUUGCAAGAGGAAAAAUAAUCAAAUGAUUACUAUCAAUUGCAGGAUAAUACCAUUUUGUAUUACACCAAAGAAGGCGACUCAUUUUAUAUACGUUUACGAUACUUUAUAUUUAUUGGAAAAUUCCGGACCCCUAAGUCCAUUAAACAAUUCAUUAUCAAUGCAAAGAAUUAGUUUAAUUUCCGGUAGAAAAUCAUCCGACGUUAAAUCAGCCUUAAGCGAUGGGCACAGACGAUCGAGUUUGCAAAAACUUCACAGUUUACAAUUGGAAGCACCAAUUACGAAAGUAAUCACGUUGCUUUCUAACGCCAUUACGGAAUCAACGAAUCCUGAAACUGUUGCUCAAAUCGAUAAGGCAAUAGAAAUAUUAAAAACAACAGAAUUGUAUGUUCCACAUUUUCGAGACGAUAAAGUUUACACCGAUCCAGUUGCAACAGAUCUUGUUGGUGCAUUACUUUCGUCUUCUCGUAAUCCUUGGGACUCGAGAAGAUCAUCAGCCGAUUCUGCAAGAUUAUCAGCAGUCAGAGGUAUAAGCAUAAUAUCUGCAAGGACCCCAUUAAAGGCUUUUAGAGGACCUCAAGAAAUUAUGGAAUUGUUGGAAAAUAGUCUCGAAUGGAACUUUGAUAUAUUUAAACUCGAAGUGUUGACAGAGAAACGGCCAUUACUAUAUCUCGGUAGGACCAUAAUGAAUAUGUUCGAUGUACCAAGCAGAUUGAAUUGCGAUGAAAAUACCAUACAAAACUGGUUGAGUAUAAUCGAGGCUAAUUAUAGAUCGGACAACAGUUACCAUAAUUCAACUCAUGCGGCAGAUGUAAUGCAAGCUACUGCAAGAUUUAUGCAAUCGGAAAGAUUGAAACAAAUUUUGGAACCUUUGGAUGAAGUUGCUGCUUUGAUAGCUGCUGCAGCCCAUGACAUUGAUCAUCCUGGUAGAUCCAGCCAAUUUUUAACCAAUUCCAACAACAAAUUGGCAAUACUUUAUAAUGAUCUGUCAGUCCUCGAAUCGCAUCAUGCAGCAUUGACAUUUAAAAUAUCUUUAGCUGAUGACAAAGUUAAUAUUUUCAAGAAUUUAGAUCGUGAUACUUACAAGAUAUUAAGAACGAACAUAAUCGAUAUGAUAUUGGCGACAGAAAUGACGAAACAUUUCGAACAUUUGGCAAAAUUUAUGAACGUUUGUAGUUUAAGGGUUGAAGAAGAUCAACCAAUGGAGUAUUCUUCUGACAGAGUUGACAAUGCAAUACUUUUACAACCGGAAAAUGUAAUACUCGUGAGAAGAAUGAUGAUCAAAUGUGCCGAUGUUUCAAAUCCUACCAGACCAUUACGAGCAUGCAUUGAAUGGGCUAGAAGAAUAGCUGAAGAAUAUUUCAGUCAAACUGAUGAAGAGAAACAAUUAAAAAUGCCAGUAGUAAUGCCAAUGUUUGACAGGAUGAUAUGUUCGAUACCAAAAUCACAAAUUGGUUUCGUUGAUUUCAUCAUAAACGACAUGAUUGAAGCUUGGGACGCAUUCAUUGAUAUGCCAGAAAUACUUGGUUACAUGAGACACAAUUAUGACAAAUGGAAAGAAUUUAAUGAUCAAGGUAUAACAACAUUGCAAGAUAUCGAAAAGAUUCAAAUGCAACAGGAAUAUAGCAUACCAAGGUUACCCAAUGGGCGACGAUGAAACAAAAAAAUUAAUAUUAUUUUUAUAAUAAUUUUCUAAAUUUUCCGUCCCCGCUCAAUUUCUACCUGGAAAACGAGAAACUGCUAUGAAAAUGCGUUCAGAAGACUCCGACAAAUGUGUGUCUGUGUAUGUAUGUGUAUGCAUGUGUGUGUUUGUUUAACAAUUCAGUACGUUUUAUCGCAUAUUUAUAUGUUACAUAGGAUUUAAUUUACAAAGUUUGUAUGUUUUAAGUGAGUAUACUUCGUUAUAUAUAUAUAAGAUUAGUAGAGAAAAAAAAUUAGAAAACAAAAAAAAAAUAAUUAAUAAUAAUAAUAAUAAUAAUAUAUGACAAGAAGCAGUUUAGCUUGAUCGAAAUAUAAAAAAAAAGAAAAAAAAACAAAGAUUGAUUAUUUUCAAAUUGUUUCACGUUCGCUGUACAAACGACAACUGAACUUCGCGACAACCUGGUAAAAAAUCAACCCUUUUGAAUUAUUAAAUAGCAACAAAAAAGUAUAACGUUAUGCAAUUUCAACGAUUGCUUUAACAUCGAACAAUUUACAAAAGCGAUUUCGCAAGUACUGAAAUCGCGUGUCAUGAAAAAACCACAACCGGCCGAUUUUCUUACAACCCCUCCUCCCCCCCCCCUAGCCACCCUUUCUUACACUUUGCAUGAGAAUUCUGAUGUCAUACAUUACUUGAAAUUAUUAUUGAUCGUUGAAAUAAACGUGUAAUCUUUGUAUGAAAUCGUAAAAACAUAGAGAAGGGUACGAGUACCGAAAUAAGCUUCAAGGAAGAAAGAAAAAAAGAAAAUAAUUUCCUUCGAUAUAUCCGAUAGAAAAAAAAAA